CCGGCCACGAUGAUGCAAACCUUGAUUUAGAACAGCUUGGCUGAAAAAAAAGCCCGCGGAGAGGAACGAAGGAAAAGAAGCCGACUCCCCAGCGGAGCUCCAGGUUCUCACGCUUUAUGGACGGGCUGCCCUUGCUCGCCUCCUUCCCCGCCUCCUUUGGACUCUCGUCUGGCUGCUUCCUCCUCCUCCUCCUCCUUGCUGGACUCUCCCCUUCCUAAGUCCUGGGAAGGGCUGCCGAGGCCCGGACGGGAGAGCUCCGGAGCUCCAAGCUUGCUUUGCUUUGGCUUGCUUUGCAAACGACCCGGGACUUUUUUUUUUUUACCGACACGCGUUGGCCAAGAUCAUGGGGAGGCCGGCAGAGCGCCGAGACGGGCCUGGGCUUUGAUCCAAACGCUUGCAAAGGAAGAAGCAGCGCUUCCCCCGUGCAGCAGCAGCAGCCCCGGUGGGCUUCUCCCAUGGCUGGGUUUCUGGAAGAGGACGACGUCCCCCUCAUUUUAACCUUAGAGGAGAGCAGGAGCCGGAGGGGCGAGCCGGAGGGGGUCCCCAACGAAAAUGGAGUCAACUAUGACGAGAUCCAGGAGAUGUCCAGCCCAGCGACUGGAAACCGAUGCUCUCAGUGGGACCGUGGAAGACGAAAUUGGGAAAUGAAUUAUCAGGAGGCUGCAAUUUACCUACAGGAAGGCGAGAACAAUGAUAAAUUCGUCACUCAUCCCAAGGACCCCAAAGCCCUGGCUUCCUACCUCUUUGUUCACAAUCAUCUCUUCUAUCUGAUGGAGCUAACCACGGCUCUGUUGCUCUUAUUGCUGUCUCUCUGCGAAGCCCCCGCAGUAGCCAUAUUCCGCCUCGGCAUUUACGUCCACGCCACCCUGGAGCUGUUUGCCUUGACAGUUGUGCUGUUUGAGCUCUCCAUGAAGUUAAGAUGGCUGGGCUGCCAUACCUACAUCCGGCACAAAAGGACCAUGGUCAAGACCUGCGUCCUCUUCCUGCAGUUUGUGGAAGCGGUCGUGGUGUUGGUGCGCCAGACCUCCCACCUUCGGAUCACCCGAGCCUUGCGGUGCAUCUUCCUGGUGGAUUGUCGCUAUUGUGGAGCGGUGAGAAGAAACCUUCGUCAGAUUUUCCAGUCUCUUCCUCCCUUCAUUGAUAUUCUACUCCUUUUGCUUUUCUUCAUGGUCAUCUUUGCUAUUUUGGGAUUUUAUCUGUUCUCUCCAAACAAAUCGGACCCCUAUUUCAACACUUUGGAGAACAGCCUGGUGAAUCUUUUCGUUCUUCUCACUACUGCCAAUUUCCCUGACGUGAUGAUGCCUUCUUAUGCCCGAAACCCGUGGUCCUGUAUCUUUUUCAUUGUGUAUCUUUCCAUCGAGUUGUAUUUCAUUAUGAAUUUGCUCCUGGCUGUCGUCUUUGAUACCUUCAGUGCCAUUGAAAAAAUGAAGUUCCGGUCACUCUUGCUUCACAAGCGCAUGGCCAUCCAGCACGCCUACCGCCUGCUGGUUAGCAAACAGAGACCCUCUGGGAUUGCUUUCAAGCAGUUUGAUGGCCUGUUGCGCUUCUACGCGCCCCGGAUGAAUGUUCGGGACCGUUAUCUGACUUUCAAAGCACUGAGUCAAAGCAGCAGCCCUUUAGUCAGUUUGAAGGACAUGUACAGCUUCUACGAAGUGGCUGGUUUGAAAUGGAAGGCAAAACGGAACCGGGAACAUUGGUUUGAUGACCUUCCUGGGACGGCUUUCCUUAUUUUUAAGGGUAUUAACAUAUUAGUGAAUUCUCGGGCUUUCCAGUAUGGCAUGUAUGUUCUGGUGGCCGUGAACGGUCUCUGGAUUCUAGUGGAAACCUUCAUGUUGCGAGACGGAAUCUUUUCCCGAGACGUACCCUGGAGUUACAUCAUGUUCCUUACAAUCUACGGGGUCGAAGUGCUGUUGAAGGUCACUGGCCUGGGACCUAAAGAGUAUCUCUCUUCUGGCUGGAAUCUUUUCGAUUUUGCUGUGACUUUGUUUGCGUUCUUGGGUCUCCUGGCACUGGCGUUCGAUAUGGAACCCUUCUACUUCAUUGUUGUGCUGCGGCCUCUGCAGUUACUGAGGCUGUUUAAACUGAAGAAACGUUACCGCAAUGUCUUGGAUACGAUGUUUGAACUUCUUCCUAGGAUGGGCAGCCUAUGCCUAACCCUACUCAUCUUCUACUACUGCUUUGCCAUUGUUGGCAUGGAAUUCUUCUCUGGGAAACUCUACCCAAACUGUUGUAACACCAGCACGGUGGCCGACGCCUUUCGCUGGGUCAACCGCACCGUUGGGAACAAGACUGUGGUGGAGCAAGGCUACUACUAUCUCAACAACUUCGACAACAUUUUGAACAGUUUCGUGACCCUCUUUGAGUUGACGGUAGUCAACGAUUGGUACAUCGUCAUGGAAGGGGUGACCUCAGAAACUUCUCACUGGAGUCGUCUUUAUUUCAUGAUUUUCUACAUCGUGACCAUGGUGGUGAUGACAAUCAUAGUAGCUUUUAUACUGGAAGCAUUUGUAUUCCGCAUGAAUUAUGCCCGCAAGAAUCGGGAUUCAGAAGCAGAAGACAGCGGGAUCGUGCUGGAGAGGGAGAUCUCCAAGGAAGAAAUUGGGGGCUUAGCCGAGACCUACGGGAGGCAAGGCGACAGCUUGGCAGCUAGCCAACUUCUCAAGGUCAUUUCCCAAAUGGACAGGCACCGGCAAACCACCAUGCUGUUCCUGGGCCGGCGUUCGAGGACCAAAACUGAUUUAAGUAUGAAAAUGUAUGAAGAAGAGAUUCAGGAGUGGUACGAGGAACAUUCCAGAAGAGAGGAACAACCGCAUCCUUGGCAGGAAGAUGAGGAGUUGCUCAACCAGACCUUCCUCCCUCCUGCCCUCCGGCAGCGUUCGCAAACUGUCAUCUGAACUUGGUUGACCGAAAGCUCGUUCUCCUACGCGUUCAGCCUGGGUUUGGCGACACGGGGGCCUCUACAGCCUCCCCUCAAUCAGAUUUUUCUUUGACGGUCCUGAUCGCUUGAGAUUUCAUUUCAUCUCAUGAGAGAGUUGACCAUUUUUAUUAUUACUAUUUUUAAUUUUUGUCUCCUCCUUUUUCCUUUGAGCGUGGGGGGGGGGUGUCUGGAAAGACUCUUGACCUUGCAGUUAUUGCCAUGGGAGAGUCAUGCAAAGUCCUUCCUGGUUGAAGGACCACUGGACCUUCUUUUUGGAGAAGACCGGUGUGUUUUGUCCUUGUUGCCGUUGGGUUCUUUGGCGAAACGCUGGUUGCUGUGGCGGAGCUGGGGUAGAGGGUUGAAAGCUGGCCCUGUUUGCCAGCAAACAGGGUGCCCAUCCUGGCAUAACUGCCAUGCCAUCUUCCAUCAGCAAUUGAGAUGGGCUAGAAAAGGCCAGAAAGUAGGUUGAAUCGCCAAGCAUCGACAACAUUGCUCGCUCUGUAACCGUGGUGCACUACAUGCAGUUGAGUGAAGUAAUGCAGAUGUAUUUUACACCACCCCUUCGUUUCCCCCGCCCUUUGUAGUUCAUCAGCAUCUAUAAAGACUGCUCGUACUCCAGUAAUUGCUUAGCAGUUUUUUACCAAAACAUAGCAAGGCGCUCGGGCAGGCAACGGAACCCAGGACCAAAUGAGUUUCAGAGCAUCUUAGCAGAAAUGGAUUCUUGCUUUUGUGAGAUCCUGAAUGUCUAAGACUCUUAUCCUGCUCACAGACUCGGUCCUGUGUUGGCAUAACAAUUCUUCCUGGGAUCUGAACAUUUGCAGUGCCAUCUACCUGGAGCUAAGAACAGCAACGGCCCAGAAGUUAACCUAGCAAGUAGGUGUGGUGUUAAAUCCUGAAGCAAUCCUGCCCGGUAAUCAGUUGUAUUAACUCUUAAACGCUGCCAGUGGGCAUUGUAUGAAAGCCCCUAUGCCGAUAAGGCAUUAUACGAAAGCAAUAAUUCUUUCACAGAAAAGACAAACAUAAUCUCGGGAUCACGGUCUAAUCAGGUUUUUAUUGUGGAUUCACUUCUGCAGAAAUUCCUUAAUGGGUCACCCAGUCUUUUAGGAAGACCUCCACAAGAGAAACCCAACAAGCAGAUUGUGUAUUUUGUUGGGCGUUCUUUGCUUUGACAACACACUAUGCUUGUCUCGAUAUGCAAAGAAGGGUUCAGCUCAUCCAGGUUUGUCUCCAUCUGUUAAUCUUGAUUGCUAAUUAGCAAAUGGUAAAUGGAAUUUGCUUUUUUUUUCCUGCCAAUUUAUAAGCAGAAAAGACAGGGUUCACCCCCCUCCCCUUUUUUUUUUCUUUUCUUUGCCCCUUCUGUAAUCUUAGAGGACAGCAAACCUAGAAUAAUUAGGAAUUUGUUUUCUUAUGUCUGCUAACUCUCUGGAAUAGUUCUUCAUUUAAAAACGACAAUAUUAUUUCCAUGCUAAAUCAAUAAUGGGAGAAGGGUUGGCUUUGUACGAGCUAAAUUUGUUUUCCAGUUGGUUAGUUUAUUUUAUUUCAAAUAAGGGGUGGGUGUGAGAUAAACAGUCACAUAAAUGAAAUUUUCCUGUCUUUCUUAAGCAGCUCGUUCUACGCUGGUAUCUCCCAGUUCACGUCCCUAAGAGCUAAAUUAAUGGCUGUGGAAGAUUGCAGUUGUAGUCUUAACACUAUAAGAGGACACCCAGUUGUGGAAAUAAGAGCUCCUGCACCCAUGAUCCUGAUCGUCUGUUUUCUUCCUAAAAAGAAUGCAAAUAUUUUAUAAGGUAGAUGGCCACAAAUUCAGAAUUCCUGGGCUGUGGGACGACUCUGGGAGUUGAAGUCCACCAGAAGGUUGCUUUAAGGACCUUUAAGGAGAGAAAAAGGGCAUUUUAAAAAAAAAAACUACUAUUGGUUCAAAAGGGCAUUAUGUGACCAAUUCAGGGAAAGUAUUUCAUCCUGCUAUAUUGAUCAGGUUUGCUAAUUCUUAAAAAAAAAAAAAA